AUGGGCAAGCAGAGCAAAGGCCACGCCAUUAUGAUAUCACUCCCAUACCAAGGCCACAUUAACCCAUUCACCAAUCUUGCUCUCAAGCUUGCCUCUAAGGGCUUCACAGUAACUUUUGUCCAUCUCGAAUUCGUCCACCAUAAACUCUCUAAAGCCCAUCAUUCCCAAGAAGAUUUGUUUUCCGAAGCCCGAAAAUCGGGCUUCGACUUGCGUUACGCGACAAUCGACGACGGCUUCCCACUCGAGUUCGACCGUGAAGCCAACAGGUCCGAUUAUUGGGACAAAAUGCUGCACGACUUUCCGGCUCGUGUGGAUGAAUUCGUAGGGAAGAUGGUAAUAAACCAACGUGCCGAUCAAUGUCCCGUCCGAUAUUUCUUAGCAACCGACACCGUUUUCCCAUGGCCUGCAACGAUUGCCGAUAAGUAUAACCUCGUGAACGUCUCGUUUUGGACAGAGCCGGCUCUGGUUUUCUCUCUGCUUUACCAUUGGGACCUCUUAUCCGAGAGGGGCCAUUUCCCAUGUCCAGAAAACGCUAGCGAAAUAAAUUAUAUUCCUGGAGUGAAGCCCAUCAAUGCAAGGGAUUUGAUGUCGUAUCUUAAGGAAGCCGAUUUAGACGAGACGGUGAACAAAAUGUUGUCUUUGGCUUUUGAGGAAGUUAAGAAAGCAGAUUUUACAUUGCACAACACGGUUGAGGAGCUAGAGUCGGACACGCUAGCAGCGCUCGACGAGUACCAGCCCAAUUACGCAAUCGGCCCAAUAAAUUUCUCGAAAAUCCUACUCACAAAUGGUGUCAGCAGCCAGAGCUUAUGGUCCGAAUCGGACUGCAGCGAAUGGCUCGUGUCCAAGUCCCCUGGCUCGGUGCUUUACGUCUCGUUCGGGAGCUGCGUGACAGUUAGCAAGCAUAUUAUUGAUGAAAUAGCUUACGGGCUUAUUUUAAGUGGAGUGAACUUCAUAUGGGUUGAUCGAGAAGGCAUUCUCGGUUCAUUUGGGUUCGAAAUCGAGAUUAAGGACAAAGGGUUGGUAGUUCCUUGGUGUGAUCAAAUUAAGGUUCUUUCGAGUCCGGCUGUUGGGGGAUUCUUAACGCAUAACGGAUGGAAUUCGACNGUGGAGAGCAUGUGGUGUGGGGUCCCCAUGAUCUGUUGCCCGAUAGCGUGGGAUCAAACUAUUAAUCGAAAAUUAGUAGUCGAUGAUUGGGGAAAUGGGAUUAGUAUAUGUGAUGGGGAGUCUAUUAAUAGAGGUGAAGUUGCGGAGAAAGUAAAGAGCUUUAUGGGCGGGAGUCCGGUUUCGAAGAGGGUAAGAGCGGAUGCGGAUAAAGCAAUGGAGGCAAUGCGGAAGGCGCUGGGUAUUGACGGGUCGUCCGAGAGGAAUUUCGAUCGGCUUGUGAGGGAUUUGGAGGCCAAGAUUCAAGAGAAGGCUAUGAAUGUGGAAAAAUAG